AUGGUUUUGCAGGAGAAUUUUUUUAUUUACAGCAAGUUUGCCUUUACACAUGCAAAAAUAAAGACGAAGUUAUCCUAUAACAAAGUUAUAAAGCAAAAUGCGAAUUCAAAUGUAGGCGAUGAAAAAAUCAGAAUAUCUGGUAACCACACUUUGAAUAUGCUUCAAACAAUAAACUAUUUAGGACGACUCACCUUGAUCUGCAGCGAAAGACACAGGGACAGGUGUUUAAACGCGAACUCCUCACCAAACAAUUCAUGUCUAACCAAUACUUACUCUCGGCGUUCAAGUAAAGCAACAAAAAUUUUACCUCCACACAAAACAGUUUCCGCUGAAAAAUCAAAACGCGUUUAUCAACAGUUUCACCAACGCCGCGUCAAGUUGUUAAAUCACUCUAGCAUCAUCAAAAUUUCCUUAGGAAAACUGAAGAUAGCUCACACGGCCUCAAGCAUAGCAUUACCCAAAAAUGGAUUUGAUGAACAUGAAAACCAAAAGCAAAAUGAAUGUUGUCAUUGUGACUCAUCGAACAAUGAAGCUCUAACUCUCAAGGUUGCAUACAUUUGCAAAUCAUGUGAUAUCAUCACUUUAAAUUUGCCUAAGUGCUGUUACUGA